UAGCCACUACGCGAUCGAGAAGUCUCAAACUCGGUUAGGACGUCGUUAUAGUCCUAGAGGCGUGCCCAGAAGUCCGCAGGCGACGGUAGCGAUCGUAGUAAACGCAUAAGCUUCUCCUCUUAUAAACCAAACAUAAAUGUUCAGACGAAGCGCGCGUGCGACGAUAACAAUUUGAAAAUUGAAAAUUCCGAGUGCGUCUUUUACGGGGAAAGUUCGUACCAUUAACUUUCGAGACGUUUGCGUCUGUUUUAAGAUAUCGUUGUUUCCCGAAAUAACGAGUGAUUAAACAUUGUGCACACAUUGGAAACCGACGACAAAAGACUAAAAUUAAACGCCUCGGUUAUACUUGCAGUUUCAAAACUGAUUGAUGUCUAGAAGAAAAACCAGUCGAAAAAUAUGUCUCUUCUGGCGAUCAUUUUUUGUUUGGGACUAUUUUUGCAGUCUGGGGCACUUAAACACAACGACGACAACCUGAACAGGAUAGAUGUUUCGAAUUCGUCCGAACCAGUACCAUCUGAAGAUGGUCAUGAAGAAGAAGAUGUAGGAGGUAAAGUAUCCACCGGGGGUCAUGUGGACGAGAAUGCAACUUUGCAAGCCCCAACAUGGGCUAGAAAAAUGUUGAAAACCCAUGUGAAGCCGGCAGGGAAUAUGAUAAGUUUGAAAUGUAAAGCCCACGGUAAUCCAACGCCUAACAUAACAUGGUACAAAAACAAUUCAAAACCUGGAAGGAGUCUUGGCGAUUUUCGGUACGGAACGUGGUCAUUAACAUUAGAAGACCUCACCCUAAGUGACAUUGGUAACUACACCUGCGUGGUUUGCAACAUUCUAGGGUGUAUCAAUCACAGCUUCUCGCUGGACGUAAUAGAACGUUACCCGUCAAAACCGCACAUUAAAGAAGGUUACCCUCAUAACGUAACAGCGGAGGUAAACACCACGGUGGAAUUUGAAUGUCCACAAGUUCUUAUGGAUUUACAUCCCUACAUAUACUGGAUAAAGAGUUCGAAUAUAUCGUUUGAUUUUAACAAAACGAGCCCAAGCGAUGCUAUCAUUCAGACUAAUGAGAACGAAAUCCCAGAAAUUUUGGUUUUGCACAAUGUAACAUACGAAGACGAAGGAUGGUAUACGUGUGUCGCAGCAAACAGCUUAGGAAGGUCUUACUCGCAUGGCUAUUUACAAGUCGUUGACCAUCUACCUAAAGAUAUUCGCCCUAAAUCAAUUCUUAUACCGAGCUUAAUUGGGGUCGUUUGUCUUCUUUCUGUAUUCGCUUUAAUUACUGUAGCAGUAGUGAUGAGAAAAUUAAAACGCGAGAAAAUGAAAAAACUUAUGGCCAUGGAAAAAGCCGCAAGAGCAGCGGUUAUCACCCAAUGGACGAAAAAAGUUAUCGUGGAAAAACUUCAAAAUAGUUCCGCGGGUGUAACGGAACCACUGCUGAUGCCAGUUGUCAAAAUUGAAAAACAGAAAACGCAAUUAAAUAAUUCGUCAGAUAUGAUUUCCGAAUACGAACUUCCUAUGGAUUCAGAAUGGGAGAUUUCUAGAGAAAAAUUAUGUCUUGGAAAAGUAUUAGGAGAAGGAGCGUUUGGAAAAGUGGUCAAAGCCGAAGCCAAUGGACUAAUAAAACAUGGACAAACUUCAGUGGUUGCGGUCAAAAUGUUAAAAGAGGGUCAUACUGAUAACGAAAUGAUGGAUUUGGUAUCCGAAAUGGAAAUGAUGAAAAUGAUCGGAAAACAUAUCAACAUAAUAAACUUAUUGGGGUGUUGCACUCAAGGCGGUCCUCUUUAUGUUGUUGUCGAGUAUGCACCCCACGGUAACUUAAGGGACUUUUUACGGCAACAUAGGCCCUCGUCUGGUUACGAACCUGCUGUGGGAAUGACCCAAAAAGAGCACAAAACGUUAACACAAAAGGAUCUCGUUUCGUUUGCAUAUCAAGUAGCAAAAGGCAUGGAGUAUUUAGCUUCUAGACGAUGCAUCCAUCGGGAUUUGGCAGCAAGGAAUGUUUUAGUAAGUGACGAUUAUGUACUAAAAAUAGCCGAUUUCGGACUUGCGAGAGAUAUCCAUUGUAAUGACUAUUAUCGAAAAACAACAGACGGACGACUGCCGGUUAAAUGGAUGGCCCCAGAGGCGUUAUUUCACAGGGUUUAUACCACACAAUCCGACGUAUGGUCGUAUGGAAUACUCCUCUGGGAGAUAAUGACAUUAGGAGGAACGCCGUACCCAUCGGUCCCAAGUGUAGAAAAACUUUUUCAACUUUUACGCGCGGGUCAUAGGAUGGAAAAGCCCCCAUGCUGUUCGUUAGAAAUAUACAUGCUAAUGAGAGAAUGCUGGAGUUUCCAACCAAACCAAAGACCUGUGUUUUCAGAAUUAGUGGAAGAUUUAGAUAGGAUUUUAACGAUAACUGCGAACGAAGAAUACUUGGAUCUUGGUCUACCUCAAGUAGACACGCCACCUUCGAGUCAAGAAUCUAGUGAUGACGAAGAGACAACAUCUCCGUUUCUAUUUGACUAGUCAAUUCUGUAAGAAUCUUUAAGUGUAGUAUAUGUAACUACUUGGUGCUUUUAUGCAUUUAUAUUGUAAAACUGUGCCACUCGAUCAUAACAAACUAUAACGUUCAAUCAAAUAUUUACGCAUUAGUGGCAUUUUUAUGUUUUUAAAACAGUAUAGUUUAUUGUUAUGUUCUAAAACUAAUGACAACUUUUAAACUUAGAGACAGCAAGCACGUAUAGACCACUUUUUAUGUCUUUUGAAACUUCCUCUUAAUGAUCGAUUUCACUCUUCACCUGUGCCUUUUUUUUUGUUUCAUACUUUUUUCUAAUUAGUACAAUUUUAGUACAAAAUGAACGUUUUUAAUUAGCCGCUUUUGAAUUUAAUUUUGAAGGGGUAUUCAAAAGACUGAGAUAAAAUUAUUAUAGCAGGCUUUCUAGCUUGAUCAUGUAACACAAAACAUAAUAUGGAACUACAGUAUUAUCAAUCUUUGUACACCUCCUGUGUGUUAUGACUUUUGCAAGUGACAAAGUAUGAUUUAGAGAUUACCUAUUUAAUUCAUUUUGUACAUGUGUAGGAUAUGUGAAUGUAAUUGGUAGCUUUUGUAAAUUAUAAUUCUAAUUAUAAGUGUU